UAGAGAGGGAGAGAGAGAGAGAGAGAUGGCGGUGAAAGGCGGACACGGAAAUGGCAGCAGGGGAAGAUCGUAUGGGCUGCUGUUGAUGCUGGCUUUUGGAGCUGCCAUUUUUGGGGUUAUGAUUCUUCACAAGCUCAGAGAGAGGCGCAUCUACAACCUCCUCGUUCAAGAGAAAGAUCAUCAGCUCCACUCCCUUCAGCUUCUUUUACAGAAGGAAAAGGAUAAUGCGAAAGAUGCGAAGCGGCAAGUGGAAGAGACGAAAGCAAAAAUGCAGAAGCUUCGAACUAAGAAAUUGAAUCUGGAAACCGCGAUCUUAGAAAUGGAGUCCACCAUUUCUUCUCUCAGAGAAGAACAGAGAACGAUAGCGUCGACGCUGGAGGAGAAGCAGAACGAGAUCAAGACGCUGAUGGAUCGUAACCGCGGCGGGGAGAAUCGAGAGAGUGCUAGGUUUUCGGCGAUGGAGGAAGCAUUGCGGCAGAAGGAAGCUGAAAUUGAGGAACUGAAGCAGCGAGUUGAAUCGCCGGUUAAGGUGUGGUCAGUCAGCGUCGACGAUCCAUCAAAUCUGCCGAUCAAUUUGACCGCCAAAGCCGCCGGAAAGUUGAGCAAUGCAGACGCCGACGCCGGCUCUAAUGAAAACAUCAACAACAACAACGGCGGGGAAACUGGAGCACAAACUGAAGUUUCCAGUAAAAAGUAUCACAAAAAGGAGGAUUCACAAGAAGUUUCUAGUAACACAAGUAUGGGGAAUACCAUUAACAGGAGUGAAGUGAGAACCAUUAUAGGCGGCGAUCAGGCAGGAAACAUUGUUAAUUCUGAAAGGAAUGGAGUUAUGAAGCUUGGGAAGGCGUAUAGCUCUGAAAUCCUAGGGAGAAGAACACGGGGAAAGAGGAGGCGGAUAAGCAUUACGAACAGAGGUGGUUCUGAGAUCAGUCUCAUGAAAUCUGAAACUGAAGGAGUUGAUAGCAUGAGAAGUAGGAAACCAUUUACAGAAUCAAUGGAAAGUGAAAGGGAUAAGAGAACAGAAGAUGGCAGAGAAAGGAGAAAUGAAUAUACUCUUGAAGAUCCAAAAGCAGAACUACCCAACAGAUUAGAUGCUGAAACUGUGAAAUCCAACCUGGACAGAAACGACAUUGAUGCCAUAAUAGCAGCAAAUGAAAAGUCUGCUGCAGAUACAGGAGACAAGCACGGCAGAAUUGAUAAUGGCAAGACUGAACAGCAGAUGGAUGAAGGUCAGGAAAUUAAGGUCACAAGCACAGAGUAUGAGAAAUCUCCAAGCAAUCUGCAAAACAUGCCUGCAAAUUCAACAGUUUAUGAAGACAGCAGAUUAUUGAACAAAACUGAGAAUCAGAAAUCAGAAGAAAAUGGGCAACCUGAGGUAACCAACACAAUAAGGGACAACAAGGACACAGAGGAUCAUGAAGCUUCAAGGAUUACUGAAAGGGACCUCAAAGAAGAUGAUCCUGAGGUUGAGGAUGAUCAAGAAACAGAAACAGAAAUAGACACAGAAGCAGUAACUUCAAGAAAUUCAACCUCUGAUGCAGAAGAAGAUGAUGAGACUGAAUUUUAGUCUGCUUUCCGAAACACUUCAUGUUUUGCCUUAUUGUAAGACAAUUUCACAUUUGUUACUAUUACUACUAUGACAGUAUGAGAUGCUAUUUAUAGCUCAUUUCACCAA